AUGUGUAAAGAAUUCACUUCAUCUUUAUUUUGCCAGCUGGGCAAAAUUUUGUGUAACAUCUUCAUGAUACUUUGGUAUAAGAGUAAGUUCACUACUUUUAUAAUGAAUCCAAAUCUAAAGCCUUUUGUAGUGUAUUUUAAAAGGGAAAACUUACCCAAAUGUUUUAUUUCUACACAUUUGUGUGUAUGUGUGUGUGUGUAUGUGUGUAUAAGCCAGUUAGUAUAUAUGUAUAUUAUGUACAUAAAACACUAUAUUUUUACAUACAAGUGUGCUUUUAUUAUACAGAUAAUAAAGAUGGGGGAAGGUUUCUGUUUUUUUCUUAAUAGGUGA